GCUCAAGAAUUUUUCAGUUGUUUGAUGUCCACGUUAUGCAUUUGCGAGAGCAGGAUAAUCGAGGUUAGAGGACGCACCUGAAUAAAAAACAUCGCGGCCUCAGUCUCUCUGAAACGUGACCACAGCGAAUUUUUCUUGCGCACUAUCUUACUUUCGGAAUCGAAAAAUCGUACUCGCUACUUCCGCAUCGACACGCGGGCAAGUCUCCAGCCUAAGGUCAUCGCGAGACCAACUGGUGUUCUUGAUCAGAAGUGAAAUGCGGGCGAGAGUACUAGAGUCGUGGUUGUAACCCGAGCGAAGUUUCCAGAUGUUGGACGUAGGACUUUGUGAUCGUUUUUCUGUUUGUAUGCGAGUUCGCUUCGUUUCUUCUGAUGCCGCUUUUUCUUCUCGCUUCAUUCUUCACGAACUCGAUUUAUUUGAUAGGGAGAAUUACACGACGACCGAAAGGUGCCCGUAUCGUCGUGCCUGGCUAUGGUACAACAUUUUUUGGCUGCGGGUCGAGGUCAACAACACCGUGUUGGUUCUGUCUCGUCGUCGUGGGGCAGAGCAAAAAAUACGACAGCAUAAACCAAGAUGCUGUGACGACUCGUCGUAGCGGCUGAAAAGAAAGGAGCGGGUUGUAGACAGCAGCCGUUCUCCAUUUUUUGUGUGACGAUCAGGUGCGGCCUCCGGCGGCGCAAGCAGCCAUGGCGGAAUUUACCAGGUUCCGACCGCAGGAGAUCAGCCUCACCUAUUGGGGGGCGCUGAUGACCAUUUGGAGCUACGUUUACGUCUUCACGCUCGCACUAAUAAAGGAGGCGGUACUUCUUGUUUUCUUUUGUAUUUGAAUUCCAUGCAACUCAGCAUGGUCAAUUUGUAUUUUAAUUCCAUGAAACUCUGCAUUGAGAUUGACAUAGACUUAGACAGAGAUCGAUGGAAAACUACGUACAGGUCUGGUGGUUGCAGUCGGUGCUUCGGAUUGAGCCCGGGUAUUCCUACCGAAAACGCAGACGGCCGGGUCUGGAGGCGGUUUUCAUAUCCUGAGUAAAAACAUACCCACACCAGAGUCAAGAUGGGGAUUUUGCAACACAAACCUAGGAGUUUUAGGAGUCACGCAUGACAAGUUUCAGUCCGUAAGGUAGUGCAAGUUAGCAAGGAAGGCCGCAUCACAAAUCGACCUUCUAAUCCUGUUUACAGCAUUACAAGUUCCCAAACACGAUUGAAAAUGCCUGUCAUGGGGUUGCGCAUCACAAAUGUUCCUGUCAUGGCAAAUCUGCAUGACAACUAUGGUGUGGGUACGUUUUUACUCAGGAUAUUUCAUCGAGCAUGGUUACGGCUCCCUGGCCGACUGCUGGAACAGGCCUAUCUCCAGUUCCCCAGCUGCAUAUGUGAAAGUGGUGAAAAGAGAAAGGAAGAGCCAAACGUUCUUUGACCCACUUAAACCACUGGAACUGACAGGGGAGGAGGUACUAGCACGAGAAAACUUUCAGGUCAUGGUAUCUACUAUCAAUAUAUGUUGGCCGAGUUUCUGGGUCGAAAUCAAAAAGCUUUAAGAUGGUUCGCUUUGAUUUCGAAGAGGGGACGAGCGAAGAAUAUUUUCUCUGCUUGAUCCAUUAUUUACAACUAUCAGGUUCUGUCCACUAAUCUGGCGUCCUACAACUACCUCGGGUUCGGCGGCGUGGACAACUUCUGCACCGAGUUUGUUGCCAAUUGCAUCGCCGGGCCCUGCGGCUUCAGCACGUGUGCGGCGCGCGGCGGGCACGCCGGAACACGGCGCAUCCACUUGGAGCUGGAGGCCAAGAUAGCCGAUUUUCUCGGCAAGGAGGAUGCGCUCGUCUACGGGAUGGGGUUUGCAACGAACAGUAUCCACAUCCCGGCCCUGGUCGAUCCCGAGGGCAACGGGAAGGGCUGCCUGAUCUUGUCGGACAUCCUGAACCACCGCUCUAUCGUCGAGGGCGUCCGCAUGUCCGGCGUGACCGUGCGCCCGUUUGCGCACAAUGACAUGGUGGAUCUGGAGGCGAAAUUGCGGGAAGCGUGCCUGGAACGCCAGAUGAGCCAAGGGUUAACAAAAACCGAGGCCGCCAAGAUUGCGAGAACCUUUAGCACCGCCACCAGCUCUAGUAGCUCCUCGAAAAGUGCUUCUUAUUCCAGCGGUAGCACAACUCCUGCCGGCGUGGAGGUAACAACCGAAACAAAAAGGCCGUGGCGAAAGAUCAUUGUGAUCGUGGAGGGCAUUUACAGUAUGGAGGGGGAUUUCUGCCGGUUGCGCGAGACGGUCGCACUGAAGAACAAGUACGGGGCCUACCUGUAUUUGGACGAAGCACAUAGCAUCGGCGCGGUGGGGAAAAGUGGUCGUGGCGUUUCCGAGUUGCUGAACGUGCCGACGGGGAAGAUAGAUGUGUUGAUGGGCACUUUCACGAAAUCCUUCGGUUCCGCCGGGGGCUACAUCGCGGGGGACAAAGUCGUCAUCGAUUCUCUGAGGAAAAACGCAGCCAGCAGCGGCUUCAGCGUUUCCAUGUCGCCGGCUUGCGCUAUGGAUGUGUCAGAGUUGAAAUCGACAAAGUUGAAAUAAUUUGUCAUGCAUAAAAUGGAUGCCAGUUGGAACCCAGUUUCCAAGUGGUGCAUGACAAAUUUCGGUGGUCCCUAAAUCCAGUUUGUCAUGCUGUUUAGGCAAAGAAGAGUGAUUUUCUCAUGCUACUUUAGCAGCUCGAGCUGUAGCCCCCAACAGGCUUACAAUCGGCCUCACUUGCCUGCUCUGCAACGCACGUGCCUCGGGUCAUGCAUUUUAUGCAUUACAAAUUAUUUCAACUUUGACGAUUUCAAACCUGACGCUUCCAUAUGCGCGGCGCAAGCGUAUGCGGCGCUGCACGUCAUCCAGCUGGAUCCGAUAAAAGGUGCCGCGAAGCUGAAGAGCAUCCGCGAAAACAGCAACUAUUUCAGGGAAGAGCUACAGAAAAUGGGCUACUGCGUAUAAUUCUACGAUGAAAAUGAUGUUAGCCUCUGAUUUCUCGAUUUCGAAGGACAACAUUAGGUUUAAGUAGGUAGAAUUUUCGAUUUUGAACAACACGACGAGGUGCUGUAGGUAGAAAAUUACAGAAUUUCGAUUGCGAUGAUCUGCUUUUGCUUUACGGGUCUUUAAGCGGCUGAGUUGGGCGUUUGUUUCAGGUCCUUUGGAAUUUCAUAUCAACAACCAUCAAAAGGUGCUCGGUGACGUCGACUCUCCCGUGAUCCCCGUGUUGAUGGACCCGCUCGGCAUGUUGGAGUUGAGCAAGCGGUGUCUUGACCUGGGCGUCGCCAUUGUCGUGGUGGGUUACCCCGCAACGCCGUUUCUUUUGAACCGGGCAAGAUUCUGUACGAUUUUUAUGCUUUGUUCUCACCUUCAAGAAUUUCAAUCUUCGUUCAAGGACUUCAAGAAUUUUCAAAAAGCAACCCAAGGAGCCAUAAUUCUCGUUUAAGAAGUCUAGUAAUCUCAAGGAAUUAUUUCUCCCCCAUUGCAGGCAUUUCCGCCGCGCACACGCGCGCACAACUGUCGGAAGUGUUGGGAAUAUUGCGCGAGCAGGGCGAGCGGCUGGGCAUUCUGUACUGCAAGAAUCAGCCGAAGUCCAUAGACUGGGAGUACUACAAUUACAUUCGCGAAUGCAAGUUGGAGGUCGAGCCCUUCGCACAGAAACCACUGUUCGAAAAGCUCGCGAGCAGGGACCUGCAACUAGAGGAGGAACAAACCAGCGCUGGCGCGGCCGCGCCGCCCAGCGCGGUGGGCAUAAUUGCGAACGCGGCAUUUACUUCGGUGUGCUCUAAUGUGAGCGGUGUGACCAACGCUGCGAUCAAAAAUAUGAUCACCUCCAGCACGACGGCGUCCUCGUCGACAGUAACGACACGCAGCACGACCACGAGCCGGCGCGAGAGUAAGGAUCUAACCACCAGCACGACGACGGAGGUCGUGCAGGAUGCGGAACUACACAACGUGUUUGAGUUGCAUCAAGAACUCAGCAAGAACGACGAGGACUUGAUAGGCAGAAAAUUGGCCUCAGUCACCUCUACUGCCUCCAAAGACGGUGCGAGCGGGGGUGCAGGUGGUACUGUGAACAAGCUCUCAUCGGCUAGCAGUUCCUCCUCCACGACUGCGAGCACCAGCACCUCCACACACGUCCGGAGUGUCGAGCCCUCGGAACUCGGGGACACCACGGUCAGCAUGGGCACCUCUGAGGAUUCCUCGCACAGAAGUCGCGCAUCCUGCUCCACUUCGACAACUACUUUGAGGCGCCGCAAAGGAAGAACAAAAACGGCAGAUGAAAAAGAGAAAAUAAAUCAAGAGCACAGGAGCUCGAUUUCCACACCAAUAAACGAAGGAGAAGGUGCAGAAAUCGUCGCUGGUAGUACGAGUACAAUUUCAAUAAGUCAACGGCAGGAACAUCAAAUAGAGGAAGAUGUCACUAACAUCGACGACGCGUGUUCCGACGAUGAAGAAGAGCACGACACGCGCACCUCCAGCAGCUCGGAAGAUGCGGACCAGAAUUCCCGCGCGCCGAGCAACAUCGAGCUUACGCCGGAAGAGGUCGAGGUGGAAGCAGCAGCAGGUGGGGCACACCAGGCGGAUGUUGGCAUCUUGAGUUCCUGCUGUCCGGAGGAGCAGGCAACGGACCGGUUGGCGCGGGAGCUACUCGACGGCGCCUGUUGUGCCGGAAAUUUGGAAGAUCUACCCGAGGAAGAUGAGUGUGGUGAUCAUCUCAAUGCAGCAGGUAGUCGUGCCACUUCGAACCAUGAGAAGCUUGAAACGCAUGGGGGACAGCAGCUCGUACCAGGAGACCGCCGGGAACAGAUCGGCGGAUCCUCGAGUUCCUCAUGUAAAUCGACUGGUACUUCCACCAGCAGUCGUCGACAGCGGGCGAGCGCAGCAGUGAUGUCAUCGACGUUCACAGCAGCCGUAGACGACAGCAUGCACGACCUGGUAAACAAGGAAGCGGCGGCCCGUCUCUGGGCUGGCGUCAGCCGCGACACCAUAGACAAACGCAAUUUCUGCAUGCUGGACCCCAUGGGACUCGCCAUCAAUCCACCACCGGAUUUACCGAAGGUCUGCAACGACUACCUAUGGGAAAACGGGUUCGGUGCGUGCGGCCCACGCGGCUUUUACGGUGGCACGACGGAGCACUUGUUACUGGAGCAGAGACUUGCGGACUUCUUUCAAAAGGUACGAACAUUGAUGAUUCCGUCGCGGUUAUUUUUCUUGAAACUACAACUACUAUCUACGUGUAGAUGAAAUCCAGAGAUGACUACGUAGCACGACAAAUCUGAAAUUCACACUACAACCAUGUGCCAAUCUCCACAGGAAGAAGCUGUACUGUAUUCCCAUUCGGUGACUGUUGCGAGCAGUGUCUUCGCCUCGAUGAUAUUGGCGAAGGACCGUGUAUUUUGCCAGGAAAGCGUAAAUUUUGGCGUGAAGGCUGGCCUGCGGCUAAACCGCUCGGGCUUCAAACUGAAAUUUUACAAAGACGCCGAGGAGCUUGAACACCUUUUGAAGACGUCGGAGCAGGAAAGGAUAAAAGAGCAGAAGAACAUGAAUGCCGGCGGAGCAGGAGGAGGCGACAAGGGGAAAGCAGCCUCCACGUCGUCGACGAUCACGGGCCACACGUACGUGAUUGCGGAAGCCUUGUCCCACUGCGACGGCACCAUACUGGACCUACCUGCGCUGCUGAAGCUGAAAAAGCGGUACGGAGUUCUGCUUGCACUCGACGAGAGCCUCAGCUUUGGAGCGCUCGGGCCCCGCGGCAUCGUCGACUAUUUUGGCGUUUCCGUGGCCGAAAUCGACGUCAUUAUGGCCUCGCUGGAAUACGGCAUCGCCGGAAUCGGGGGCUUCUGCGCCACCAGCCAUGCUUUGAUACGCGAUCUUCGCCUGACGAGCAGCGGGUAGAAAUACGAAAAAUUUAUGAAAUUCAGUUUUCCUUUGUUUCCCGGGCGAUGUCUUCCCAAUUAUAUGAUCGAACGAAUUAUUCUCGCAGCUUGCAAGCCACUCUAACCACCAACCAGGUAUUGCUUCAGUGCCUCGGCGCCGGGCGUGUCUUGCAAAUGGAACCUGGAAGUGCUGGAAAGACUGGGCAAGGGCGCCUUUGCGCAGCGCGCUCAGCAGCUCAGACUAAAUGCGGACACCGUGCGGCGAAGCUUGGACGAUGCGGUGGGAGACAAAUUGGCAAUCUCGGGCGCCAGCUACGUUAUUUUUCUCCGCGAGAAAAUAGAAACUUCAAGAAAAACAAAAAUAAACCAGCACUCCUCCUCCGGCGGAGCCGUUUCAGGCAACAAUUCGCUGCUUGGCCUCCUGCAGAAAGAGCUCGCAGAUAGGGGCAUCGUGCUGGAUUUGUGGCAGAGGGGAUCCGUGGAAAAGGCACUGACGCGACGAUUUCAGUUGACCGAGUCGGAGACCCCUGCGCUCCGCCUCUGCAUCUCGUCGCUGCACUCCGACAAGGACCUGCAAGAAGUAGUGGCAAAAACGCGGAAGGCCGUGCUGAAAAUCAUGCCCGGAGACCAAUCGCAGGGUGCAUAA